UAUAUCAUUAUUUUGUUCAGACUUCGUCAUCUCAAAGUUUUGUGGCUUUAUGCAUUCUUUUUUCUUUGUGUUGUGUAUAUUAUAUGUUGCAUGAAUCAUUGGUUACGGUAUGAUGCUGAGUGAAAAUUUAUGUGAGAUUAUUUCUGGGUGGAAAUACUUGUACACAAAAAUUACAAUUAACUGAUACAACACAGUCCCAUUCCCCUUUCUUUUUGAAUAUUUUUAAUUUCGCCCUGNAGAUUUUCACAUUCAGUUCCCACUGCAUUGACACAAAAAUUGUUAUUCAAACUCACCGUGUGAUUUGAUUUUUCGAAUUUCUUUCUGUUCUCAUUGGAGAUAUCUCUCUGUUCAAAUNCCUAAUUCUGUAUCCUCUUUUUGUACACUUCUGUAUGCUUUAUUGUGUUUACAUGCAUGUCAAUGCUUAUAACUUGUUGUGUUCUGUGCAAUAAUCUGUUUGUGUUGCAGAUUAUUGUUAAGAACAUUCGUUAAAACUUCUCUCACCUAUUUGUGUUGCAGUAAUCUGUUUCCCAGUACAAUUAAUUGCCAGAAUUAUCAGCAUAUUGGUUAACUUUAUUAGUCAAAGUCACUUCUCAAAGUAAUAUAUGUUCUACUUUUUGUUGUAAUUUCUGUCCAUUAAUUACAUCUUUUCACCUUACAGAGUAAUGACUUGGGGCCUUCUGAAAUACCCGAUAGGGAUGAUCCUUCAGAACUUGUGCCGGCAGAUGAUGAUUCUACUUCACCAAAAGAGAAGCAACCUGAAAAAUAAGCAAGUACUUCGCUAAAUCUCAAUAAAGCAAUCAGCAAGUGUAAAUAUGAUUUUGUUGUCAAAGUUAGAUCUUUGCAGGCACUAGGGUUUGUUUUAAUUGCUAGGCUAGAAUAUAUGUUGGAAAGUUAUGUUGGAAAAAUACUGGAGGAAACAUUAUUCUCUGCUGCUGAUACUCGCCUUAAGAUUCAAGGAUUACAAAACAUGUACGAGUAUCUUCUGGAUGCUGAAAGCCAAAUGGGAAUUGAUAAAGAUGAUGAUAACGUUGCUGGUUACACAGUAGGAGCUGGAAAGAGUGUACCUGUUGCUGUUGGUGUCGGUGAUACAAACAUAUGUGGGGGUAUAGUUCAGUUAUAUUGGGACAAUAUUUUGGGCAGAUGUUUGUAUUUCAAUGAACAAGUUCGUCAAUCAGCCCUGAAGGCCGACUGUUUAUCAGCAAUUGCAUUGCAGCUUCUGAUGAAGGAUUUGAAUAGAAGUUAUUUUCCACCUUUUAAAGUAUAUGUAGAUUAUGCUAUCCUCUCACUGGAAAUAACCUGCGUAUUAGUAUAUUGCAUACCUUAUGUAGGUGAGGGUGUAUUAAGCCUCACAGGUUAGAAUGCAAGAUUUAAUUCAAAACCCAUUUGCCACUCAGCUUUGAAUACCUUAAACUUUAUGUUCUAUAGCGAAGAGGUCGACCACGACAUUACUUUUAGCUUAUUAUUAUUGACACCUGAAGGUUUUCCAUUGAUUAUAAUGACUGCAGCUUGAUCCUCAUUGGUUGGAUUUUUGUUGCUGGCACAUUUAUACUUUGUGGUAUAUUUCUCUUUCUUCACAAGUAAGUCCCUUCUAUCUUUUAGAAUUUAUAUUGAAGUUUUCAGUUUUCACCUUUGCGGCUACUCUUUUUAUUUUUGUUAACUUGUCUAUUAUGAGUCACUGAUGAAGUCCAUUUCCUGCUAUAACAAAAACCUAUUUUAUGCACCAGUGUGUUUGAAGAUACAUGUUAUUUUCUAAUUAUAUAUUCUUAUAACUAAUAUUAUCUGUACAUUUAUAGUUAUUGUAAUUAAUUUAUUAAUUUGAUUAAUUAUAGAUGAAAUGUUAUUAUAUUAUUUGUUAGCUCUAAAAAUAUAAAUAAUAUAUGCUUGUAAUUAAUUUGUUUGUUGAAUCUAGAACACUCUGAGUGGAGCGAGACUCCACACCCACAUUCAAUUUUUUGUCUCUUCCUAAAAAUAACUUUUAUGCAAAAAUUUCUUUUUUAUAUAGCUUUGGAUACAUUAGAACCAGCCUCCAUUGAUUUUCUUAAUAUCUGUUUCUCGGUUUAAUCAACCCUUCCACUAUCAGAGCAUUUUGAGCUAAGACAAAUAGGAAUCGCAUCUUGCUUUGCGGUAUUUUUCCUAUUAGAUUUUUUUUAUUUGAAAAUACAUUUGGGAUUUGAAAAUACAUUUUAGGAUUAGAAAAAAAAAAUGCA